UAGUUAGACAUAUUUCAAUUAGAAUGUAUAAAAAUUUAACCUCAAUAUAGUAUUAUCUUUUCUUUUUGUUUUACAUUUAUUACCGUUCGGUUAAAUUAAUUUACCAAUGAAAGAGGCAUCUCCACCUGUUUCAGCAAUGGCAACGCCAACAAACGGGAGUGGCAAUUUAGUUGAUGAAUUCGAAGAAGCCUUUCAGCAUUGCCUAAAUGUUCUCACUGAAGAUGAAGCUGUUCCAACAACAGAUAAAGAAGAAAUUAAAGUACAAGUCGAGCAGACAACUCUAAGAUUUAUAGACUUAGCUAGACAAAUGGACGCAUUUUUUCUACAGAAAAGGUUUCUUCUGUCAGCACUCAAACCUGAGAUUGUUGUCAGAGAAGAUAUUAGUGAAUUACGCUUAGAAUUAGUUAGAAAAGAAGAACUGAUAAAGAGGCAUUAUGACAAAAUAGCUGUUUGGCAAAAUUUACUUGCUGAUUUGAAAAGCUAUACGAGGAGCCCAGCUCAAGGUAAUAUUGGCACAGGAGUAAACAAUGGAGUUAUUCCUCAGUCGCCGCUUGGAAUGCCAAUGGAACAAGUCAUGUGUAAUAUGCCUGAAAGAUUUCAGUAUGGUAGGAACACUCACAUAUGAUUGAAAGAGAUAAACAUUAUACUGCUGCCAAUUGAUAGGUUGAGUUUGGACCUAAUCAAGCUCUUUGUUGUUAACGCUUCCUCAAUAUUACUAAGAGAUUCAAUUAUAUUUAUUAAGGAAUCAUUUUGUAUUAUAGAGUUUAUUCUAGCAGUUAUAGAGCAAAUGAAUUUAGAAUAUCUAGUUUUGUAUCAUUAUAAUAAACUGUAUGAUUAUAAA